CUGAAUUGGAAAAUGGCUGAAGCUGAACCACAAAACGAGCCAGACGUUGUUAGAGAACCAUACCAGCAACUAGCUGCAAUUAGACAUGAAUACGAUGCUCUCGAGAAACUGGCUGAAGAUGUUCAGAAUGAUGUCAAGGAAUCUCAAAGGGAAGUAGAAGAAAUAGAAAUGGAAAAUAAAUGGUGCCAUGAUGAAGCUGGUAUCAGAAAUAGAGCGUCUGCAAGUCAGGAAGCUGAAAGAAUUAUAACACAAACAAAUAACUACCCAGAUCUUAUACAGGAUAUAAUUGGUAAUCUAAAUCAGAAGAAAUCAGAACUACAAGCCACAGUUGCUGACCAGGAGAAGAAAUUAAAAGAAUCAAGUCCACCCACAGAAUCUCUAUAAUAUAUCUGAUUUUUUAAUAUAAGGGCUUUAUUCUGGAAUACUUCACUUUGAUAAAAUCCAAUUGAUGAGAAAUACAGUCGGCUGACGGGAACACUUAUAUCAUCUUUGUUAAUUUUUCGAGAAUAAGGCCCUUUGUUUUUUUUAUUUAGUGUGUGCUAUUCCAAUAAUUAUUGAUGCUACAUAUUAUUAGUCCAAUAUUUUUAACUUAAAGCUUCAAAGGGCAUUAUUUGAUAAAGUGAUGCAGCUCUAUUGACAAAUAAAAUAGUGGCAAAAAAUAGAAAGGAUGAUGCAAUAUCUUGUUACGUCUAGUGCAGUUAGGCUUUUUGGUGCAAUUUUAUACACAUAUCAUCUUUCAUUCAAGAGUGUGCGAGCAAUGAUUUCUAAACCUUGAUAUUGCAAGCACACAUUCCCACUUGAUUGGUUAUGGAAAAACUUGAAUUGCAAAAUAUUGCUUCAAGAUAGUUUUGAAUCUAUUUUUUUGUAACAUGCAGAGAUUAAGUUUAAUGGGUGCAGAGGUUGACAAAGAAUAGUUUUAGUUUUAAACAAAUAGUUUCCUAUGUUUUUUUUUAAUAUUAUAAUUUGUUGAUUAUGAUUAUUAUAUUAUUGACAGUGCUAAUGGGCAACAUCAAGUAUAUCAUAUACUGCUUGAUUGAGAUUUCAUCAAGUUUGCCUUUUCUAGUCCAGAUUUGUUUUUAAAGGAAUUUUUCAUUUAUCAUGACUGACUCUGCAAUAUUUCCCUUUUAUUGUCUACUUAUUUUGCAAUUUUGACUGCCAAAACUCUAUUAGAUUAACCAUAUCUCCGUCACAUAGUGAUUUUUCGAUGUGAAUAUUUUUUAUGUCACUGUACUAUUUUGUUUAAAUUAUUUUACCUUCAUCAUUCCAAAUUUAUUAUUUUUAUUUUGCUGUGUUUAUAAUAAUAACGAUAAUCAAAUCUGAAUACAAAGAAUAUUACAAAAUAAAUAUUAUUUCAUAUG